AUGACUUCAAAGUGCUUGAACUUUGAGAACGGGUGGCGUCCCGAGAUCAAACAGGGUAUCGCUUGUCAAAAGAUAAGAAAUUAUCCAGAAUUGGUGAGCAGAAGCAGAAUCUAUGACAAUGUUAACAGGGCUAGGAUUGCUCACUACAAGGCUGCGAAUGAGAGUAAGGGUAAGCAGAGGUUUGGAGGUACACCGUAUAGUGCUCCAACUGACAGGGGAGAACAGAAAGUUAUUGUAAGUAAGAAGCCAAGUGGGGGAGGGGCAAUUCUCAAUCCUACGAAGUGCUUCAGAUGUGGGGUUACGGGUCACCGUGCUAAUGAUUGUACAGUUGAGGCGAAUAAAUGCUUUAAGUGCGAAAGACCAAGACAUGUUAUUGCUGAUUGCAGGUGCAUUAUGCCUACCUGUUAUAGCUGUGGAGAAAAGGGUCAUAUCAGCACUCACUGUGAGAGGCCGAAGAAGUCGCAGGCUAGUGGGAAGGUGUUUACAUUGGUGGGAACCCAAUCCACCAGUGAUGACCGUUUGAUCAAAGGUACUUGUUUUAUUAAUGGUGUCCCUUUGAUUGAUAUUAUUAACACGGGUGCAACCCACUCGUUUAUUUUUGUGGAUUGUGUGACGAGAUUAGGAAUAAUUCCAUCUACUUUGGAUCGGAAGAUAAUGAUUAGAACUCCGUCUAUUGUUUCUGUAGUUACUUCUUUAUUAGAGUCCAAUCAUGUGUACAUUGCCUACUUUAGGAAGAGGCUGUUGUUCCUUACUCCUGAAGAGGAAGCAUUGGCUAAUUCGAUAUCUACCGAGGAGAUGAGGACCUUGCUGGAGGGUGAAGCUAAGAUGUUUGUUGUGUUUGCUUCACUAUCGGUUGGGAGAAAAAUAGCAAUUGAAGAGUUACCGGUUGUGAAUGAAUUUCUUGAAGUGUUUCCUGAUGAUAUUAUUGAGCUACCUCCGGAGAGGAUGUUUGCAUCGGAAUUGGCAGAGUUGAAGGCAUAG